AGAUAUCGACGAAGGCGAGCGAGUUCGAAGUUGCGGAACCUCUCUCGAAACCCAUUGGCUGGCAAACCUUCUUUCUAAGAGCUAACAUCUGAUGCGACAUGAUUACUUGCAGUUUUAUGGGUCCUUGCUCCGUGGUACCGAUGACGGUUGUUGUGGAUAGCCCCUGUCAACUUGCAUGACCUCACCGUUUAAGCUCCAAAAACCCCAUAUCUCAGAGCGGAAAACUUUGGCAAGCACAUAAAUUUAGCUUGUGAGACACAUUGGAAAGUUGAUUCGAUCCGGCCGCCCUUACGGAGAACGUAUUCGAAAUGGAGACUGUCAAUCGGCCUAAUGAAUGGAAAAUUGAACAAGGCCUAGCAGGUGCUGAGCUGCCCUUCCUCGACCAGACUGGGCGUGACACAGUUGCAAUCCCACCGCAGAAAUGGGUAGGUUUCUGGAAAGAUGAAGAGGCUAUCAAAGCUUUCGGUGACCCGAAGCAACUCUUUGCUAGAGAACUCGAAGGUUGGAAAGGGUAUGUGGAAUGGGAAAAGUAUCCGGAGAAGAAGGCCAUAGCCCAUAAGAUACUCACCUCUCAAUCUUUCCCCCCGCAUCCAGAAUACCAAAUGUCACCAAUUCCAGACACGAAUCCCGUUCUUGACGGAUAUCGUUGGAAAUUGUGGCAUCAGGCACUCGGCGGCGAGCUGGAUUCGGUUCCCGACGACUCUUGGGCAAUGGUCUUGAAGGAGAAACACCCUGAGAUGUUGCAUCUUCUUCAGUUUCCCUACAAUGGCGAACCUCCAAAACGACUUGUGACGUCGAAGCCGGUCACACCAAAUCCUCUUCAUUUCGUUCGAAACCAUGGCGGCAUACCCAUAAUCGACAAGGACAAAUUUAGCAUGACCCUAGAUGGACUAGUCGCCGACCCGAAAGUUUACAGCCUCGAUGAUUUGAUGGAUGAGUCUAAAUUUCCGCGGAUGGAGAAAGUAGUCACGAUGCAGUGCUCUGGAACUCGUCGGAUAGAGCAAAUCUGUCUGUACCCUGGGCAGGGAGACGAACUUCCGCAGGCCCCAUGGGCAGAAGGUGCAAUUGGAACAGCGAAAUAUGUCGGGGUCAGCCUGAAAAAGGUGAUCAAGGACUGCGGUGGCCUUAUCAAUGGAGCGAAACACCUGGAACUCUAUGGUGCCGAGACCUAUUUCAAGGCCGACCAGGUCAUGAACUACCUCGUGAGCGUUCCAUGGUCGAAGGUCAAGGCGAACGAGGUCAUGCUUGUCUGGGAAAUGAACGGCGAGCCAUUGCCCAAGAUCCACGGUUAUCCAUUGAGAGUGGUAGUGCUGGGAUAUAUCGGCGCUCGAAGUGUUAAGUGGCUUUACCGGAUUAAAGCCAUUGAGACUCCCUCUCUGGCGCCUGUCCAGAGCAAGGAGUAUCUUUACUUCAACCAGCAAGUCGGCAAGCAUAAUCAACGUCCAACGGACGGGAUUCAGAUUCAAGAGAUGCCGGUGAGCAGCGCAAUUAUGUCUCCCUGGACGAAACAAGUUGUCAUACAUAACGGCUCGAUCCGGUGCAAAGGCUGGGCCUAUUCUGGUGGUGGAAGAUGGCCUGAGCGAGUGGAAUUGUCUGCUGAUGGCGGCUUCAGUUGGUACUCUGUGCCUAACGAGAACUUGUCAAAGAAGGGCAAGUGGACAUGGCGAACUUGGGAGUAUGACCUUCCUUGCGACGUUGAAGGAUGGAUCGAAAUCGUCUGCCGAUGCUGGGAUAAUUCCCUAAAUACCCAGCCUUUGGCCGUCCGCGCCGCAUGGAAUUGGGGUCUUCAUGUGACAAGUUCAGCUCAUAGAAUCAGUGUCUAUAGCAUCAACAAGAGUCGAGAUUUGACGAAGCAGCGGUUUGAAAAAUUCGACCACUUGGGUAUACCGCUUGCCCCCAUUACCCAGCCUGAGGAGUUUCAAACACAGAGCUGGGAAGAGUAUGAGAAGUUUUGGAAAGAACACGAUCCGAGAGACGUCGACGAAUAACGGUUCUAUGGAAGGAUGGCAGAGUUGGUCUUUCUGUUGUGAGAUGGAUCUUGGCCAAUGCGUCAUUUAAGCUUGAAGGUGCAAGUUUCGUUCAACGGAUGCGUUUAUUUUUGUUUUAGGCGUCGUAAUUGAUGCCGGAUUUGAUAGCUCGUUGCUCCAAGCGUGCCGGCGUGGUUGCCAGUUGAAAAUCGACUCUUCGUAUACGUGUUCAUACUGGUUGUUCUGGCCGCCAACUUGCUUAUGGAUGCUCACGGAUGCUCGGAAUGUCUGGUUCUCAAGUUGUAAACAGCUUCCUCGGCUUUUCUCGGCGUCGAGGUCGCUCAACGAGGUGGACUGCGAGCAACGCCGCCCU